GUCCAUCUCUCUCUCUCUCUCUAUCUCUCUCUCGCCGCCUCGCCGUCGGCUACGGCUGUCGCUGAAGCUCAAGGAGGAGUGUGCGAGCGUCUCUUUCUCUUUCUCUGUGUGUUUUCUCGUCCGUGCGAUUGCGGCCGUGCGUGCAUGCCGCCCUCUCACCUCUCUGUUUUGAUCUCUUAUCGAGCAUUGCAGGUUCGGUUAUGUGUUGAGUCCAAUCCGUCGUUAAGUUUUAGCUGCAUUUGUUUUUCCACGGUAGUCUUUGCCCUCUGAAAGCUUGUUAAUUUUAAUCGUCCAUGUGUCCCGGGGAGGGGCGGGCCGGGCGGUGCGCCGCGGGGCGCCGCCUUACUCCGCUGAGACGAGCGCCCGUCGGGCACGGGGCAAUGGCGGGGCGGUGGUUUGCCGCACGGUAUGGGGCCGGGGAGCGUGAUACCUGGCCCGCCCCCGCCCCUUGCGCUUCUCUACUUGGCUUCCCUAUUUGAGCGUGCUUCAGUGCGGUUUCUUUGCAAUUGCUUUUACUUUGUCAAUUCUAGGAGGCAGAAUUAUGUAUGAUCAUACUGCUUAUUCCCCUGUUGCUCUUACCUGCAAACCUCUCUCUCAGGAGGAUUUCCUUUUUGUCCCUCUGGAGUGCAUAACGAUGGCGAGAAUGCCGCAAAUUUAGACGCUGUUUUUUCCCUUUAUAUCGAGGUUAUUGUCGUGAAUUGGUGCAUUGUUGAGUGGCCAACUGCUGUCGGCUUUAGGAGGUUGUAGUGUGUCCGAAGUUGAGUUAACAAUAGUUUUCAGAUACAUAUACUACGUCCUCGCCAUCUGGCUGUGGCUUCUGGUGUAAUAAGUUUGAGGAUGAUUUCUUCAGUAUAAAUAAGAUGUGGGAUAUCAUUUUUUUUAGCAUUGUUUAAUUUUUACAUCAAUUGGAAGUUCAAAUCCGAAACUAUUUGACAGGAACUGAGUAACAGUGCUCUGGUUAUUUUGUGGCCGGUGAUGGGCUCUGAUGGAAGUAAAAGAUCAGUGGCUCCUCGAACUCUCAGCGUCAGAAAGUUUGCAGAAUCUAGAGCUGCUGAAGUUGAGAAUCUACACUCUGUCGUAGCGAACAGAUUGAGCAAUGAUUUUCGCUCUCGAAGGAAUAAGAGAAGGAGAACCACUGCCCAUGACAACCAACUGGCCAACAGAAGGCAUAAGAAGAAGCAAAAGGAUUCACAGGUGGCUGGUGCUGAUCCCAAUCCUACACCUCCAGGCAAAGUUCCUCGACGCGUACGGUGCAGAAAUGAGCUGAAACAAAAUCCCGAGAGUGGUUUCUGUACAUCUGGGGAUGGAACUAGUAGACUUAGAACUCAUGUUUGGUAUGCGAAGCGGUUUACUAUGACCAAGUUGUGGGGCUUUUACCUUCCUCUUGGUUUGCUGGGCAGAGGGAGGGGUUCAAGAGCUCUCUUGAAGCGGUAUAAGCAAGGAGUAGUCAUCCAUGAUGCUAGUUACCAUUUUGCUGUCCAGUUGGAGGGUCCAGAGGAUUCUUUGAUUUCGGUGUUAGAUAGAGUACUAGUUCCAUCUCCAUCUGCUCAUCCAAUGGACAUGUCUCAGUCCAUUCUUUCUGGUGUUACAUAUGGAAGGGCUAUGCUUCAUCAUGUUCAAACACCUCUUUCCAAGCCAAUUGCUCCAGUUAUGUAUAUGUGGAGACAUUUGGACCAGCAUAAUACUGGUAAAGUUCAGCAGGAUUGCGCUUUAAAUGGGGAAGGUGCACCUGAGAAUAUCGAUGGGUCUGUUCCAUUACGUCGGCUAUGGGUAUGGGUACAUGUAUCAGGCUUUACCGAAGGAUAUGAUGCUCUAAAGUGCGCAUGUCAAAAGGAGAUGGAUGAAUUGGGUAGUUUGAUCCGUUGCUCUUCGCUUGAGGGUCAUCUUACAAAGUUGGAAGUUAUGGGAUCAGGUGCUUUUAAGCUUCUUCAGAAGAUUUUACAUCCAAUAAAGCACGUUUUAGAACGACCUUUUCAGUUGAAGAAGCAUUCUUCUGUCGAGGCUAGUAAGGACAAAAAGAAGAUGGAAUAUGACUUACUUCACAAUGAGGAUGGUUUUCCUUCUCGUGCAAUUCUAUCUCUUAUGGUCAAGGACCCUCGGGAAUACAAGGAUGAAGAAGCUGUUAAUGAUUCAAAAAUAAUAGCUGUUAGCACAGUUGAUGGGGUUUUAUCACAUGCAACUGAAAAGCAGCCAUCUAUGACACAACCUUUGGACAAAGGCGGAGGUUUACUCCUAUUGUCACAGGCACAUCAUGGUUUGUGGGACGCUGCUUCAGGAAUAAGAACCCCAAUUGAAGAGAAUGUUCUUCACAUGGAGAGGCAUAAGAAGCGUAUGGAUUUCUUGUGCUUGGAUAAUUAUAAUUCCGGGAUGUCAAAUUCUUUACAUAGGUCGCAGUCUUCAAGAUCCUGCCCUUUAAUGCUUCUAAGAAAUGGGAGUGCCGAUGACCGUCUUAAAGGAUGGUCAAUCAUACUCCCCUUGAGUUGGGUGAAGGCCUUUUGGAUUCCUCUUAUUUCCAAGGGGGCUCAUGCAAUAGGUUUGAGGGAGAAGCACUGGAUUGCAAACAAUGCUUACCUGCCCUACUUUCCAUGGGAUUAUCCUGAUUGCAAUGCAUAUACAUCCCUUAUGGCAAUCGAAGCUGCUGCUUCUCAUUCAAAAGCAGAGCGCCAUCCUCCUGCAGUCAGGGCUCUAAAAGUUCCCAUUCCACCACCAUGGAGUGCUAUUUGCCCUUUUGACAAAGCAUAUACUGCUGGGGUAGAUACUCUGAUCUCCAGUGAAAGAAGAACAAGCAGCAGCAGUGCUCCAUCAAGCUUGACAAAUAGUAGCUCAGGCGUGACAUCAUCCAGACUCCAAGAUCAUACGUGUGGUUUUAGGGGUUCUGUAGUCAGGACAAACAAGGAGUUGACCUGCUUCCUUGAAGAUAACUACGGUGGUCAUUCAUUUUUAUUUCCUCACAAAAUGGCAAGCGAUAAAAGUUUCUUGAAGGCUUUGAAGGACAAGAGCAAUGUUGGCGGAUUGGCAAAUGGGAGCUCUCGAAUCAUGGCUCGUCAUGACUUAGGUUUCCUAAGGGUGAUACUGCAUGCUUUAAAGGAAGGUUUCUUCGAAGAAGGAGCAAUUGUAUGUGCACCUCGUUUCACUGAUAUAUCAUCAAGGGCUUUGAGGCUAGAAGACAAUGAAAUUGGUCUACAAAUGCCACAAUCAGCCGCAGCAUCAUACUUCAAAGAGGUUUGUCCUGGGGAAUGGGAAAUCCAAGUGCCAGAGGACCCAAUUGCUAAAGAGAGUCACCGUUGGCCUAUUGGAUUUGUCACAACGGGAUUCGUUCGGGGAAGCGAGAAGCCGACAGCAGAAGCUUUUUGCGAGGUAAACUAUCUAGCUCAUCUUAGAGAGGAGCAGUGGACUGAGAUGUCUGUGGAACGGAGGAAAAGGGAGAUAUAUGUUUUAGUCAGGAAUAUGAGGUCUUCAGCAUAUAGACUUGCUCUAGCCACUAUUGUUCUGGAACAGCGGGAAGACGAUUUAGAAUUCAUGUAAGAUGGCAGUCUCCUGUUCAAACCUGAUGACACUGGAUGAGCUGGUAAGUGUAGGACAAUUUUGAGUUCGCAUUCAGGAUAUCAUGCAGCAUUGAUCUAUGAGUUUUUGAAGUCUAUUUGUUCUGAGGACAAGGAGCUAGUGAUAAAUACGAAAACCUGGUUCUUUUGAGUUUCUCAGAUACCCGCUUCUCCUGAGGUUGUCACAAAAUUUCAAAGAAGUGUGAAAGCUAAAGGAUAACUUUAUAAGUGAGGAGAAAGCAGCAACAGUUUUGUUACAGUCUCUCUCUCUCUCUCUCUUUUGUUAAUAUUUUUUUGGUCGAACUUUUUUUUGUUAAAGUAAAUGACUUAUGACUGGAGUCAUGGAAGAGGCAAAAAAAAUGUAAAUAAUUUGAGGUUUUAUUGAAGAGUGCCAAGAUAGCAUCAUCAGUACAGCUCCAGUGUCCAGAGGAUUGUAAAACCCCAGUUUAAGCUCUCAAAUAUUGCCUCAAUCAUUAGUUGAUUUGGUUGUUCUCUUAGAUCACAAAUCUGAACACCACCAUAACAUGCUUUGCUAUGUCUAGUGCGACUAGCCGAAGCCUUAUGGUCGCCAUUCAUGGAUCGAAGACAAGUUUUAUUGGAGUCCACUGCCGACUAUAUUUAGCAGACAAUGUGGUUGACACUGAGCUCAAUGGUCUGGUUGAGUGAGACACAUGUGGAUGUAGUGUCACUUUUUUAGUCAAAACUAACAAGUUGGUAGAUAAAAUUUGAGUCUUGCCAGAGUCAGUUUUUUUAUAAGUUUGUUCCAGAAAAAGAAAAGACCCAAUGUGACCAAAAAAAAAAAAAAAGGACCCAGAGGCAGUUUUUUUCUGAGUUUGUAAUCAUAUAAUGAUGUGCUACUUGUUAUUACCAUGAUUAGUCUUCUGAAUUUUGUUAAACAUUUCUUGGAUCUAAAAAUUGCAGGACUGUUGAUUGAUUUCCAAUGGUUGUUGCUGAAACUGUUUGUCAUUUCAUGUCGUGCUAUUUCCAUCUAUCCACCAAUUCAACUACAACCCUACAUAUUCUAGCAAAAAAAUACUACAACCCUUUACGAGCACCACCAGUAUCACCUGGUGCCAUGUUAAGCACAUCUCUCCUCAAGCUGCAUUAGUCGUGUUGUCGCCAGAUCAUCUGCCUCGCUAUGACCACUUUAUAACUUCUCGUCAUCCCCCUACAAGUUCAUGCUUGUCCGAGCCAUCGAUGAAGCGGAGCAGCUCUCAGUGCCAGCACGGCAGAUGUCGCCCCAAAUCAGCCCAGUGCCAGUACAGUUCCUGCCACAUCGGCUGAGCCACCACUUUCACGUAAUGUCUCUCAGGUACAUUCUAUGCGCGACGCUUUCCCUACUGCUAUUUUGGAAUUGGGUCUCUCAAAGGUGGCUCAAUAAAUAAUUUGGCAGGAUUCAAGCAUACUUACUGAUUGUUUGAUAAGACUAUGGCAUCGAACUUUUGCUUAAACAAAAUAAAUCGGCAAAAAACUGGUCUUCGUUGCCAUUUCUUCUUCUAUUGAGACCUAUAUAAUCGUGAGCUAAUUGUAAUUAUCAUGUUCAUUCACCUAUCUUUGCGACAAAUUGUUACCAGCUCGACAUGGUGUUGAAAUAAGGCGGCGAAGGUUGCCAUUUGUGAUCCACUGCUGCUAAAUGUCCCUCAAAUCCCAAUUGGAAUAUUUUUUUUCAAAGAACUCACUUCUCAGCUGGGUUCGCAAGUUUCUGAAGUCAAGUCAAUAUAUUUCUAUAUGCUCAGCUGAUCGAGUUUAAAUAUCUCAAUGGAUGUUAUGCUGCAAAGAGGACUCAGUUUCACAGCUAAUGUUUAUAUGCGACCAACUCUUCCCUCUCUUCACACAGGAUCCGUUGGCUGAUUGGCAAGUACGAACAUCUCAACAUUGCUUGCUUCAAGGCACAUCCACCUUCUGAAGGUAAACCUAGUGCUCUGGGCAUCUGUUCUCAUGUUUGUAUCAAGCAGGCGUACUUUCCAUUUGUCUGUUAACAGAUGUACACGUUGGAAAAGCUUCAGCACUAUGUUCGGAGAUUAUGGAAAGGAAAAAGAAAAUCUAAAACGAGGACUUGAGUGUACUCUGGUUCCUUGCAAACAAUUAAACCCUAGAGAGGUUCAAGGACCAUUCUGUUUAGCAAUCUUUUAAUUGCCUAAUAAUGCGAAAAAGGUGCUGCUUCUGCAGUUAUUUGAGUUGCUUUAUUUGGUACCUUAUAGAAGGUCAAUAGACGUAUCUGAUCUAUACUCAUGGAGUUGACUCUCUUUCAAUAGUGAGAACUCAUGCCUCAGUUUUCGAC